AUGGCAGUAGCCGUACAGCGUCCUCUACGUGGCUCACGCGUGUCUUCUUUCUAUCCCGUCAAAACUCUCCCUUCUCUGUCCUCUCUCGAUAGCGCGUUCCAGCUCCAGGAAUACAUUUCGCUUCUUAUUCGUCUUGACGUUCAUGAUGUCGAUUCAAUAGUGUCUCUUCCAGGGAAAGCUGUUUCCAAGGAUGCCGAAGAAAAGUCUUCUGAUCUCUCUGAUGCUGAGCGUAAACCAGAUGAUUCUGAACGAAAGAACGACAUAACAGUCGACCGAGGUUGCUGGAUUUACGAACAACUCCGACGUCUCGCACAAGACCUCUCCCAUCCCCUCAUUACAAUGUUGCAGCAGGAAUGUACUCGUAUCACCUGUCCCGAGAUGAAGGCGGGAGAAUGGUUAUAUCUAUGUGUUGCACACGGUAAUGAUGGCGCCAUGGAGCAAUGCUGUGCUAUCGAUUACAUCCUUCAUACGUUGGAUAGCGCAACCGCACUAUUAAACUCUCCUAGAGCUUUCCCAUCUCGUCUUUCGAUACCUCCGACCUCAUAUCGACACUUCUCUUCGCUUGCUCGUCGCCUUGGCAGGAUAUUUGCGCACGCAUACUUCCACCAUCGAGAAGCCUUCGAACAAGCCGAGGUCGAAUCAUCGCUCUACGCCCGCUUCUUAAAACUUACCGGUCAAUUCGAUCUCGUCCCUACCGAAUUCCUUGUCAUCCCCCCAAGCGCUGCCCUGCCAGGCAGAAAGGGACACGAUGAGGAUGUCGAACCUCCGCGUCUUCUUGCGGCGGCCGUCAAUCCGCAGCGGGAGCGGGAGGAUCAAAACAUUCAUACAACAGAACAGGCACAACCCCCGAACGUUCGCGGGAAGAGUCCUCCGGGAUUGUCCAGUGACAGCCCAAUUAGCACCGAUAGCCCACGCCGCCUGGGGCGCAAUCGUACAGAUACCAUGGUGUUCAGUGAGGCGUAUAAUGUUGCGGAGGAACUUGCAAAAGGCGGCGACCAUGAUGUCAAUGAAAGCAGU